GCUUUUCCUGACAACGCGGUUCGGAGGGAAGUCGAAAGCCUUUCAGCUGUUUGUAUCAAUGAAAACUGCACAUGGAAAGGCAGCAUCAAAGACUAUGAGCUGAACCACGAGGGGAAGUGUGAGUUCAUGAUCAUCCCCUGCCCCUCCUGUAAAGAACGAAUUCGCUUCAAUGAGCAGGAGCGCCAUAAUGAGCGGGAGUGCCCGGAGAGAACGCUCAACUGCAAGUACUGCAAGGAGCCAUUCCACUUCAAGAACAUCAAGGCUCAUGAUGAGAUCUGCCCCAAGUACCCGAUGAUCUGUGAAGGCUGUGCCAAGAAGAAGAUACCCAGAGAAAAGUAUGUGGACCAUAUCAAGUUCUGCAGCAAAUUCAGAACUCCGUGUCGAUUUCAUGUCGUGGGAUGCGACAUGUCUGUGGAAAAAGAAAAGAUUCAUGACCAUGAGCGCGCCUAUGCCUACGAGCACCUCAACCUGCUGCUGCAUUACAUCAUGGGCAUGAAAGUGAGCAUGGAGGGCCUGCAGCCCAAGGGACUGGAAGUCGCCGGACACAAACUGGUGGAACUCCAACAGUCCCUCAGGGAGCUCGAGGCCAGAGUCUCCCAGCUUAGCACCACCUCCUCUGGGCCUCCCGUGCAGGGAGCCGCCGCCGCCGCCUCCUCCUCAUCCUCCAGCUCCUGUCCACCCGCUUCAGCUCCUCUCCCUCCGCCUCCCACUCUGGCUCCCACUCUGUCCGUGUCUACCUCCUUCACACCUCUGCCUAGCUCGGUGGGCGCGGCGCUGGAGCUCCAGCUCCACAGCGAGAAGACCAAAGUGGUGGAGCUGGGUCGCAGGUGCACGGAGCUCGAGGUCAAAUCGGGCACGUUUGAAAAUGUGGUGUGUGUCCUGAACAGAGAGGUGGAGAGGUUCGCCACCACCAUGGAGGCCAGCAACCGUCAGCACAAACUGGACCAGGACAAGAUCGAGGCUCUGAGUAACAAGGUGCGACAGCUGGAGAGGACGGUUGGGCUGAAGGACCUGACGGUGGCUGAGAUGGAGGGCCGGCUGAGGGAAAUGUCUGCCACUACCUUCGACGGCGUCUUUGUCUGGAGGAUCUCAGAUUUUGCCAAAAAGAGACAGGAUGCCAUCGCAGGUCGAGCCCCUGCCAUGUUUUCACCAGCCUUCUAUACCAGUAAGUACGGCUAUAAGAUGUGUCUGCGGAUCUAUCUGAAUGGAGAUGGGACGGGGCGUGGCAGCCACUUGUCCCUGUUCUUUGUGGUGAUGAGGGGACUGAAUGACGCUCUGCUCAAAUGGCCUUUCAACCAGAAGGUGACUCUGAUGCUGCUGGACCAGAGCAACAGGGAGCACAUCAUCGACGCCUUCCGACCCGACGUCACUUCCUCUUCCUUCCAGCGGCCCGUGAGCGAGAUGAAUAUCGCCAGCGGCUGUCCGCUCUUCUGCCCACUCUCCAAGCUCGACGCCAAGAACUCGUACAUCCGUGACGACACCAUCUUCAUCAAGGCCAUCGUGGACCUCACCGGCCUCUAGACGGGCUCCGCAGAAGUGGUACGGUUUGGCAAA